GUUCCCAACAACACUAUCAUAAUAUAUACAUGUAUAUGAUUCUAUCUUCCCCUUCAUCAUCGUCAUCAACCUUUCUUCUCUUCUCUCACUUCUCUUCUUCAGUUCACACUGCAAAUAUCUCUGAUUAAACUCACUCUCCACUCCCCACUCCCCACUUCCUGAUCUUCCCCAUUCGUCUGCGUCAGUCUUCCUAGUGCUUGAACUUCGCUUUCGCUUCUCAUCGAUUUGAUUUCCUUGGAACCCGGAGAUCGAACGAAACAAAAGCGCCAAAAGUAUGCACACUGACCAUUUGAAGUCAGCCCAAGGAAACCAUGUGGAGAUGCUUAUGAUGUUGCAAAACAUGGAGGAGAAGCUUGUACCAGAUUACUUUACUGGCCAGGUAGACGGUUUCCCACAUCAUUGUUAUCCCGACUACCCGCAUUUUGGAUCAUCACCUUCAUUCACAACCCUACCCUCAAGUAGCAGCAAGAGUUCGACCAUAUCGUUCACCACCAGCAGCGGCACUGAUGCACCGGAUGCAGAAGCUGCUGACUUUGACUAUAAGGGGCGGGGAUCGCCGGUAUGCGCGAACAACAACAUGGCAGCCAUGAGGGAGAUGAUAUUCCGGAUAGCAGCCAUGCAGCCGAUAAACAUAGACCCGGAGGCAGUCAAGCCACCCAAGCGGCGGAACGUGAGGAUAUCGAGCGAUCCACAAAGCGUGGCGGCACGUCAUCGGAGAGAGAGGAUAAGCGAGCGGAUACAGAUCCUCCAGAGGCUCGUGCCUGGCGGCACCAAGAUGGAUACUGCCUCCAUGCUCGACGAGGCCAUCCACUACGUGAAGUUCCUCAAGAGGCAGGUGCAAUCACUAGAGAGGGCAUCCCAUGCUGAUAAUGAUGGCCCAGGAGAGAUCACACUAGGGUUAGGGUUUCCAAUGCCGGUGGCAGCCGAUCAUGACAGCCGGGCGGGUUAUAUCGAUAGUUCCACCAACUCCAUGACAAAAGGAAUGCCAUCAUAUCAUUAUCGUCAUCAACUGCAUGCACCAGCCCAAAAUGAGCGAAAUUAUGCCAAUUUUUAGAUGGAGUCAAGUAUUAUGAUCCGAAGAGAGUUGAUUAUUAGGGAAAGGAUUAAAUUGUGGAAUAUUAUGUCAUGUUAUGGUCGUCCCAUGCAGGGCAUGCUUAACGGAACUGUUAUUAUGUUUGGUCUUAGGGCAUGUCAUCGUUUGUACUGUUUUAUUGCUGCAGUGCUAAAAGCAAGUGUUCAUGCAAAUAACAAGAGCUUAUGCCCGAGCAUUACAUAUGUGAAAAAA